UCCUCGUUCUAGUCGGCAACCAAACACGCAGAGAGCACGCAGAAACACCAAAUGAACAUAAAAAUCUAUCUCUCGUCGAAGCUGAUAGAAAAAUGCACCUUUUGCGAGCUGUACGGACUGGUGGAAGAUUUGCGAGAUGAAAUCAGAUUCACCGUGCUGGAUGCAGAGCCACUGCCGAACUACACGGAACCGAUCGGCAAGAUAUGCAGCGUAGCGGACUACACGCAGUUCCGGGCGGCGCAAAGCGAUCGAACGCUACGGGAACAGCUGGCACGGGAGGACAAUUUCCUGCGGUUGGCCAUUUCCAACAGCGGACGAAUUAAACACGUGAUGGCAAAGGUUAAAGGCGUUACGAUCGAAUCGCUCAACAAACUGCUCAUCAUUUACGACGAGAAGGGCUUCAGCAAUCUGGCCGAGAACGAUCUGACCGCCGAAGACUGCGACAAUGAUUUGCUGCAUCUGGCCCGGCUAAUAAAGGCUAGCAAGGCGGAGCCGAUCGGCUGGACGGAACAGCUGCACACGCUGACGGAACAGGAUGUGGCGCAACGCAUGUACGGUGUGUUCCUUCCCGUGGGUAAAGCUUUAAGCGUGGUUUUGCGCAAAACGGCACUGUAUUACCAUUUCAACGAGUGGGUGGAAUGUAUACAGCAGAAGGACGCUAAUGCUGUGAAGUGGACGUUGCUGAUGGACAUUUGUUUCGGUGUUGCCAUCAUGAGUAUGAUUAUGUACUUUGGCAAUCCCGGGACAAGGUUCAUGGAAUUUGCCGAGAUCGUGGUGGAUAGUCUGCUGCAGCUGCUGCAAACGCUCCGCGGCAAUCCGAUCGGAUUGAAGCUGAACGGUUCGUUGAAUGAGUUUUUCUUUAGCUGCUUUAGCUACCAAGUGGACCUUUGGUGGAUGUUUUUGAGAAUUCUGUCCCCGGCCAUACAGUUCCUCUUCAUCCCACUGUCAAUUUUGGGUCUGUUCGGGUUAUCAUUCCAGGUGGCCAUGCUUUCGGAUUUGAUUGUUCUCAUCAGUUUACAUGCACAUUGCUUCUACAUCUAUGUGGCGGUCCUCUAUCGGAUUGAAGUAGGCGGCAUAGGAGCCCUCUACCGUACCGUGUUGGGCAAGAAGCGUAAUGUUCUACGAGAUCGUGUCGAGGCUCAUGACUACAUGAAUCGUCAGCUGUUCCUUGCCACGCUUUCCUUCACUGUGUUGCUAUUUCUUCUACCGACCAUUUUAUUCUACUACAUCGUAUUUGCAUCGCUUCGUUUUGCAAUUUACUGCCUAUCGUACACGCUGAUGAAGAUACGUCGCACCAUUCUUCGAUUUCCGUUCGACGCGAUGGUCCGCUGGCUGCGGGGCGUGUACACCAACUUGGAAAGCUUGGAAAUAUACAACAUCGGUUCGAUCGCGAAGGAAAACGUAACGAUCACGUACGUAGCGCCACGCACGGCUACCUUCUGGUUCCGGGACACCUCGAGCGAUUUCCCACGCUGGGAACCAAAGUGCCAAACUAGCAGAACGGUUUGGGAGUUUUUAGUUAGCCUUAUUAAGGGAGAGCUUGUUACCUUCAUCCAGCCAGACGAAAGGAUAACGCCGCCUGCAAAGGAGAGGGAAAAAUAAAUGCGAUCCACUUUCCAGUCAAUGGACGGGUUCCAAUAAUA